AUGUGUUGUUUUUCUGGUAGUUCUCAAGUCAGCUUUCACAAUGGAACAAAUGGUGGUGAAAUUAAAAAAGCCAGUAUCCUACUGAUCCGCAAAUUAUAUAUAUUGAUGCAGCAUCUUGGGCCCCUACCCAAUGAUAUUACUUUGACCAUGAAACUGUUCUAUUACAAAGAUGUCACGCCCUUUGAUUACCAGCCCCAUGGCUUCAAGGAAGGCGAAAGCUCAGAUGGUCUUCUUUUUGAUGGUGACCCUGUGAACCUCAAAGUAGGAUCUGUUUCCACUGGAUUCCAUGUGUUGAAAGUGAAGGUCACAACAGACAGCAAAAGGAUGGGGAUGCUGGAGAACAGUCUAGUGGAAGAGAAUGGUCCCACUGAAAUCUCCCACCAAGGUUUAGACUGUGAUGAUGAUGAUGAAGAAGAGGACAGCAAUAAAAGGAAGUUUAUGGCUGCUUGCGUGGAUAAAAAUAGGAUGUUUGAAGAAAAUGCAAUGUCACAGCACAUGCCCCCUUUGAAUCCAGAUAGAACAGAAACAAUCAGAAAGGAUGGAGCUGAAGAGACAGAGACAGAGAAAGAAUGCGGUACUAAGACACCUCACAAAGUCCAAGAAAAACGUCCUUCUAAACUCUCAUUGGAAACCAGAAUGACAUGGCAAAUGGACUUUGCUUCCAGCCAAGAAAACACGAGUGCACCAAAGAAGAAGAAAAAGAAAGUCAGCACAACACUUGAUUUGAUUCUUGCCCCUCAAAAGUUAUGACAGCCUCAGAAGCAAUAGCUAUAGCUGUAAUGCACCUGAACAGUAGUAUCUGAUCUGUUACCUACUUUGGGUAAAUUUCUACAGACAGCAUAUAUUUGGGACAAUGGCAACUUUGAGCCCAGUUGGAAUAGGGAAAAAAUGGGGCCCUAUUAGCUCAGCUGCCUUGAAGCUAUAUAAACAUUUUGCCAUUUGUGAAGGCAUCUUUCAUUCUUGUCUUUGAUAAAAAUUUAUGUCAAUGUAAUGAGAUUGUAUCACCCUGUCAGUUAACAGUUUAUACUAUAUAAAUACAGUUUAUAAUAUAUAAAUACUAAAUACAGCUAAACUAUAGGACGGUACCUUUGUAUCAUUGUGCUUCCCUGGGCACAAAAUUUCCAGAGAUGUUUGUUGUGGAUUAUUUUACAUGGAGGAGAAUACAUUGGAGAUGUGUUUGUGUUCUGUGUGUUCUCCCGUUUUCUCUUUAUUUUUUAAUAAAUACAGAAG